UGAUAACAGCCCAGUGAAAGCAUCAAUGGGAGAGAGAAAUAAUGUCACAGAAUUUGUCCUUCUGGGGCUCACUCAGGAUCCUGCAGGUCAAAAAGUAUUAUUUGUCAUGUUUUUGCUCAUCUACAUUGUGACAAUGGUUGGCAACCUGCUCAUUGUGCUGACGGUGAUUGCCAGCCCCUCUUUGGGCUCCCCAAUGUACUUCUUCCUUGCCUGUCUUUCAUUCCUGGACAUUGCUUAUUCAACUUCCAUCUCACCAAAGUUGAUUAUGGACUUGUUAUGUGAUGAAAAGUCUAUCUCCUUCACAGCUUGCAUGAGCCAGCUCUUUAUAGAGCAUUUAUUUGGAGGUACUGAGAUUGUCAUUCUAGUGGCAAUGGCCUAUGAUCGCUAUGUGGCAAUCUGCAAACCACUGCACUAUUUGACCAUCAUGAAUCGAAAGGUUUGUAUCAUUUUGUUGGGAUUUUCCUGGGUUGGAGGUUUUACACACUCCAUGAUUCAAAUUCUCUUUGUUUUCAAACUUCCUUUCUGUGGUCCAAAUAUUAUUGACCACUUUAUGUGUGACAUGUCCCCAUUAUUGGGACUUGUGUGCACUGACACCUACUUCAUUGGUCUCACCCUCAUUGCCAAUGGUGGAGCCAUGUGCAUUGUAGUCUUUAUCCUUCUCAUAGUGUCUUAUGGAAUUAUCCUUAGAUCUCUCAAGAAUCAUAGUCAGGAAGGGAGGCGCAAAGCCCUGUCUACCUGUAGCUCCCACAUCAUGGUAGUUACACUCUUUUUUGUUCCCUGCAUUUUCAUGUAUGCCAGACCAGUUUAUAACUUUUCUAGUGACAAAUACAUUACUGUAUUUUAUACAGUUUUCACUCCCAUGUUAAAUCCUUUAAUCUACACUUUAAGAAAUUCAGAGAUGAAAAAUUCUAUGCAAAAACUCUGGUGUACACUGUUAACUAUGGAUAAAAUAAGAUUGUCUUGUCAUUGAACAUGUAACUAAUACAAGAACAAUCAGUGAAAAAUUCUAACAGAAUAUAGUAUCAAUUAUUUACAGGUAGUUAAUUACUGCUGGGACAAUAA